AUGGGCUGCAGAGCAGCAUCAGGAGGAGGAGGAGAUACCCACAGGGGGCGGCCUCCGCCAGGAACCAGAAGCUGCGGCGGCGGCGGCGAGGGCGACGAUCCUGGGCUGCUGCUGCCGGAGGAGGAGGAGGCUAGCGGCGGCUGGUGCGGGGCGCCGGGGCCAGGUCUCCUUGGGGCCUCCUUGGGCCGGCGACGGGGCGCUGCGGGGCUGCAAGGCAACGAGGCGGCGGGACGCCGGACGCUGCCUUCGCCUGAGUCAAACCCAUUGACCCAUCCAGCUCAGGAUUGUCUACAUGGAGUGGCAGUUGCUCUCCUGGAUUUCUUGCCCAGCCCUGUCUGGAGAUGCCACGGACCAGGACCUUCAGCUGGCAGCGGAUGCUUUGCCCCUGAGCUGCGAGGGCCCUUCUUUAAGGGGGCAUUUUGAAAGCAUCCAACUUGGGGGCUGCAUUCCCCCUGUGUGCGCUGCUCUGCAAUCUGCUAAAGCUGUUUCCAAAAGAACUGCAACAUUGGAUGUGACUUAGAAAUCUCUCCCUAUUAUUAUUAUUCCUUGUGGGUUUUGAAAUUUGCUUGGGGCAGCCAUGAGGCAGAGAAUCUGCUUAGCCCUCUGCCUAAAAGCUAUAUCCCCAAAUUGUUAUAGUAAUAAUAGUCAUACCUCAGGUUACAGACACUUCAGGCUGCGUUUUUUCAGGUUACGGACGCUCCCAAACCUGGAAGUAC